AUGAUUCCCCUCCUGGGUGUCACGUGGCUAUUCGGUCUCCUCUCGCCUGUACAUAAAACUUUCGUUCACAUCUUCACCAUACUCAACUGUGCUCAGGUCAGUGUUCGAUGGUAACUGCCAAAAUCAUUCAAUUUCUAUCAUUAUUUUACUUUCUAACCAAGUGAAACACCAUUACGAUGGUCACAUGAUAUUUUUUGGAAGUUUAAAAACAACAAUUCUGUUAACUAUGCAAGAGAAGACAGACUUCUUUUUUAAUUAUAAGACAUGCAAUUCUCUUUCCUCUUGGAAAUCUUAAUAGGUAUUUUGUCUAAUUUGUUUGCAUAUUGUAAAAAUUAAUGAUCUUGAAAUCAUGUUUAUGCUGCAGGGUUUCCUGAUUUUCUCUCUACACUGCAAGCGAAACACUCAGGUAAGGAAAAUAAACAAACUAAUUGUUAACUCCAUAUCAUCAAGUUUUAGUUUUUCGAGAGAUAUCCGAGUACAAGUGCUAGGAAUGUGUUUCGCGUCGCUCGUCUAUCUGCAGAUCAGAGAGCGUUUCAAAAGAAAGAUGAACAUCGUUUUUCGAUCUUCUAUAAAGAGCAACUCCACAAGGAAGAGCUCACAGGUCAAUCCAAGUGA